AUGAAGAUCAUCGAAAAAAUUUUUUUUGGGAUGACACGCACGUUGGGCAAUUUCUCACAUCUGCUUAUUCUCCCUAAACACCAGAGUAAGCAUAUGACGGCGGAAGAAAAGUCCAACGGUCUCGUCCAAUGGGGAGAUGAAGAGUUUGAUGAUGAUGCGCCGGACCACCAGAAACCUGGGACGCGAGUUGAAACAGAAAUAAGGACCAAUCAGCAGGGCCAACGAAUGAAAGUUAUAAGGACGAUCAAAACCGUAAAAGUCACGAAUCGAGUCAACCGAAUCGUUGAAGAAAGAAGGAAGCGGUGGGUCAAAUUUGGCAGCAGCAGUAAAAUGGACGGUGCCCAUCCAGAAAGAAAACACCGAAUUCAUGUGGGAGAAGGCGAACAGGAAGGCUCACAAGAAUUUAGAGGAGCAAAUCAAGAAAGAGAUGAACGAGUGCGUUGUCCGAUCGUCCAAGCCGACUACUAAUUGGUCGUCCAUUCGAAAGGGCAAAGAAAGCGGCAUGUCUCAGGAUGGGCUCGUGAUGCGCGCGCCCGGCGGCGUGAAAAUGAACGCGCCCCACAUUCCGUUGUAACCGUCGACAGGAUGACCCCAUUUCCAUUCGCGUGUCGAACUUGAGCGAGGACGUGACGGACAUAGAGCUCAAGGAGCUCUUCUCCCCGAUACGGAACGGUGAACCGAGUGUACUUGGCUACGGACAAGACAAGCGACAAGGACGUCAAGACCAACAAGGCUUUUGCGUUCAUUUCUUACGCAAACCGAGAACACGCGGAAGAGGCGAUCAAGGGAUUGCAGGGAUAUGGACUGCACCACCUAAUUUUGCAGUUGGAAUGGUCCAGAGGCAGCAGCAGGCCGUGAAAGUGAAAACCGUGUGAGAAGAGCGGUCAGGGCUGUUCGGCGCUACUUCAGGCCAUACACGCGUGUAUACAUCCAUAUUUUCUUUAAAUUUCA